CCCGACUGUAGCUAAAGCCUAGGAGUUCAGAAGCCUCCGCUGGGAACCCGCCCCGCCGGGCGUGGGCCCAGCACUGCGGCCAUGCCCACCUCCGUGCUGUGGGCAGUGGACCUCUUCGGGAGAGUGUAUACCUUGUCCACGGCCGGUCAGUACUGGGAGCUUUGCAAGGAUGUCCAGCUGGAGUUCAAGCGGGUCAGUGCAGCCACCCAGUGCUGCUGGGGCAUCGCCUGUGACAACCAGGUCUACUUGUACGUGUGUUCCAGUGAUGUACCCAUCCGCCACCGAGAGGAGGUCUAUGAGAAUCAGCGUUGGAACCCCAUGGGAGGCUUCUGUGAGAAGCUCCUGCCAAGUGACCGCUGGCCAUGGAGUGACGUGAGUGGGCUCCAGCAUCGGCCGCUGGAUGGGGUAGCACUGCCUUCGCCACACUGGGAAUGGGAGUCAGACUGGUACGUGGAUGAGAAUUUUGGAGGGGAGCCCACCGAGAAAGGGGGGUGGACAUACGCUAUGGACUUCCCUGCCACCUACACUAGAGACAAGAAAUGGAAUUCCUGCGUGCGAAGGCGGAAGUGGAUCCGGUAUAGGAGAUACAAAUCCCGGGACACCUGGGCUAAGAUCCCCUCAAAAGAUGACCCCAAGGAACUCCCUGACCCCUUCAAUGACCUGUCUGUGGGAGGAUGGGAGAUCACAGAGGAACCUGUGGGCCGCCUGUCAGUGUGGGCUGUAUCCCUGCAGGGAAAGGUGUGGUACCGAGAGGAUGUCAGCCACCCCAACCCAGAGGGUUCCUCCUGGUCUCUUGUGGAUACCCCAGGGGAGGUGGUCCAGAUCAGCUGUGGGCCCCAUGACCUUAUAUGGGCCACCCUCUGGGAGGGGCAGGCUCUGGUCAGAGAAGGAAUCUGCAGGAACAACCCAAAAGGAAGUUCCUGGUCCAUAGUGGAGCCUCCUGGGUCUGAAAAUGGUAUCAUGCACGUCUCCGCAGGAGUCAGUGUGGUCUGGGCCAUCACAAAGGACCGCAAAGUGUGGUUCCGGAGGGGUGUCAACUCGCACAACCCCUGUGGUACCAGCUGGAUCGAGAUGGUUGGAGAGAUGACCAUGGUGAACGUGGGGCUAAAUGACCAGGUCUGGGGUAUCAGCUGCGAGGACCGAGCUGUAUACUUCCGGCAAGGUGUUACUCCCAGUGAGCUCAGUGGGAAGACAUGGAAACCUAUCAUCGUGGGCCGAGAAAGUGACCGGUCACACUCUGGAAGCUCAUCCAGUCUCCUCAGCGCUGGCUGCUUCUUUGGUGACGAGGUGAGGGGCAGUGGUACAGAAUCCGCACCCAGUGAUACUGAUGCCUCCUCGGAAGUCGAGAGACAGGGCCCUGAACAGUCUCUCCCCAAAGAAUCUUUGGAUGGUUCCGGGAACCUUAAAGGGAGCUUGUCCAGGGGCCAUGAGACCAGCAGGAGCACUGAGCACUCCAGCGAGAACGCCUGCCUAUCGGAGGGCAAGGAAAAGGCUCCUGAGACCUCUAGUUUUGAUGAAUGCCAUGCCCCAGCCUCCACACCAGCUGAGCUGCCCUGGACCAACAUUGACCUAAAGGAGCCCAAGAAGGCAUCUAACCAGUCAGCUGCCGGCUUUUCUGAGACCGCGGGCCUCUCUUCCCUGGGGCUCUUUCCACUGGGCAUGGAGGAGCCCUACGGGGCAGACGAUCACCCGCUGUGGGCCUGGGUGUCUGGAGGCGGAUGUGCCGUGGAGGCGGGCUCUGCUCUCAAGUGGUUCACUGUCCAGUCAGGCCUGUCCCCCUCAGUGCAGACGCUGUCCCUGUCCAUCACCCCCGCCCAGACCGCUGCCUGGAGGAAGCAGAUCUUCCAGCAGCUCACAGAAAGGACCAAGCGGGAGCUGGAGAGCUUCAGACACUAUGAGCAGGCCGUGGAGCAGUCAGUGUGGGUGAAGACGGGGGCCCUGCAGUGGUGGUGUGACUGGAAGCCCCACAAGUGGGUGGACGUCCGUGUGGCCCUGGAGCAGUUCACAGGGAACGACGGGGCUCGAGACAGCAUCCUCUUCAUCUACUAUGUGGUCCAUGAGGAGAAGAAGUACCUACACGUGUUCCUGAAUGAGGUGACUGUGCUGGUCCCCGUGCUUAAUGAAGCCAAACACUCCUUUGCCCUCUAUACCCCCGAGAGGACGAGACAGAGGUGGCCCGUACGCCUGGCUGCAGCCACAGAGCAAGAUAUGAAUGACUGGCUCGCACUGCUCAGCCUGUCUUGCUGCGAGAGCCGGAAGCUCCAUGGACGCCCGUCCCCGCAGGCCAUCUGGUCUGUCACUUGCAAGGGUGAUAUCUUUGUGAGCGAGCCCAGCCCAGACCUGGAAGCACAUGAGCACCUGCUGCCCUGCGACCAGAUGUUCUGGCGACAGAUGGGAGGCCACUUGCGAAUCAUAGAGGCCAACAGCCGAGGUGUGGUAUGGGGCAUUGGCUAUGACCACACAGCAUGGGUAUACACAGGCGGCUAUGGCGGCGGUUGCUUCCAAGGCCUGGCCAGCAGCACCAGCAACAUUUACACACAGUCAGAUGUGAAGAGCGUCUACAUCUAUGAGAACCAGCGUUGGAACCCUGUCACGGGCUAUACCAGCAGGGGUCUGCCCACUGACCGAUACAUGUGGAGUGAUGUCACAGGUCUACAAGAAUGCACCAAGGCCGGCACGAAGCCCCCAUCCCUGCAGUGGACUUGGGUCUCUGACUGGUAUGUGGACUUCAGUGCCCCCGGAGGCACCGACCAGGAAGGAUGGCAGUACGCCAGUGAUUUCCCUGCCUCUUACCAUGGGUACAAAACCAUGAAGGAUUUUGUCAGGAGAAGGUGCUGGGCCAGAAAAUGCAAGCUGGUGACCAGCGGGCCAUGGCUGGAGGUGGCCCCCAUCACACUCAGCGAUGUGUCCAUCAUCCCAGAGAGUGCAGAUGCUGGUGGGAAAGGACACAAUAUUGCACUGUGGGCCGUCAGUGACAAGGGGGACGUCCUGUGCCGCCUGGGUGUGUCUGAACUCAACCCCGCGGGCUCCUCCUGGCUGCACGUUGGCACGGAUCAGCCCUUUGCCUCUGUCUCCAUCGGAGCCUGCUAUCAGGUUUGGGCUGUGGCCAGGGAUGGCUCUGCAUUCUACCGGGGCUCUGUGUCUCCCUCCCAGCCAGCUGGUGACUGCUGGUACCACAUCCCGUCUCCUCCCAAGCAGAAGCUGACACAAGUGUCUGUGGGCCAGACAUCAGUUUAUGCCUUGGAUGAAAACGGGAACCUGUGGUACCGAGCAGGAAUCACCCCCAGCUACCCACAGGGCUCCAGCUGGGAUCAUGUGUCCAACAAUGUACGCAGAGUGUCUGUGGGGCCACUGGACCAGGUCUGGGUAAUUGCCAACAAAGUCCAGGGGAGCCAUGGCCUGAGCCGGGGGACAGUGUGUCGUCGCAUGGGUGUCCAGCCUCGGGAGCCUAAAGGACAGGGCUGGGACUACGGCAUUGGUGGAGGCUGGGACCACAUCUCUGUCCGGGCCAAUGCCACCAGGGUACCUAGGAACAUGUCCAGGAAUCAGGAGGCCCAUGGUCCAGGUCCUGUUUGCUGCUGAGGCCACACCUCACCCAGAAGCAAGGAUGGUUUGAGCCUGAAGGACCAGUACUGAGCCUUUCUUGUGCAGUAUGGGAGGGUGUCACCCAGGGCCCCACACACAGGGAGUCAGGUCAGAGUCAGCCAUUUCUGCAGUACUGGCAAAAAGCCAGAGAUGUGAGAGUGGGGGCAGUCCCCCACGUUCUGAGUCUGUGAGGGGUGCUGCAGGGAAGGGCCUUCAGCCCUGGUCCCUGCCUGCUAUACCUCCCAUCUUUCUAGGCCAGGAACUCAGAGCCCUCCAGAAAUUCUGGCCCUAGAGAGACAGAGGCAGGGAGGACCCUUCCAUACCUGGAGACCCCAGAUGGCCUCCAGGAGAACAGCUGUGAGGUUUAGGUCUCCAGGCCUCAGUCUGGUCAUUCCUCAGUAGGCUUCCCAAAUGGAGUUUUGCUUCAAGAGUUAAGCAAAGGGCUGGAUGCCUAUAGGCCUGGCACUCAGGAGACUGAGGCAGGAGGAUCCUGAGUUUGAGACUACCCAGGACUACAAAGCAAGACUGUCACAAAAAAUAAAUAUCUAGAUAAAUAAACCAGGCAUGGCGGUGCAUGUCUGUUCUCCGAAGGUGAAGGCAAGGUCAGGAGUUCAAGGGCAUCCUCAGGCUCCAUAGUAAAUUUGAGGCCAGCCUGGGCUACAGAAGACCCUGCCUCAAAAACACAGGUCUUAUCCUGGAGGUUUGGGGUUCCCUCCUGUGGUGCACUGGAAGGUGGUUUCCUUGUAGAGAAUCACCAUCAUGAACUCCAGUUUAGCCCCUUUCAGAUAUGGAGGCAGGGCCUCCCUGCACAGGGUUGUUUUGCAGGGAGGCAGAUCUGGGUGGAGGCAGCUUGCACCCUGGAUUUGUGUCCUGUGGAAAGGGUAUGGCCUCAACUCCAGGCUGUCUUGUGCUCCACAGCUGGGCAGAAGGUACCUUGAAUGCUAGCCUGCCUGGCGUGGCCUGAGCACUGGCCCAUGGCAAACAUGUGCCCCAGCAGGUGAUGGCUCGCGUUUCAGACACUGCUCAGGAGUGCCAGAGCCAAGCCCUUCUCCACUUAUUUUGAGACAGGACAGACCCCUCAUUGGUUUGCCUGGGAAUCCUCCCCUAGUGAUGUCAUGGUCAGGAGGGGUAUCCCCAGAAGCUAAGGGGAAACUACUCUGGGGUCCCAUCCCAAGGACAGGAAUGGUCCCGUGUCCUCCUCAUUUCCAGAGGUGAGAGCAAACACACCCAUGUGCAGAGAGGCAUCACUGUCAAUGACAGCAUUCUAAGGGGGCAUCCGGGUUUGUCCCCAGCAGUGUGUUCUGCACAUGGUUCUCAGCUGAGCACCGCCAGGGUGUCACCAUGGUGAUGAGUCCUCCCACUGCUGAGCACCAACUGUCCCCCCUCAGUGACACCAAACCGUCUAGGCUCCCCAGAUGUUCUAUUUAAUAAAAAUUUAUACCACAGCA